AUGCCACCCUACUCGCCCCGCCUAAACCGUCUGCGAACAGCAGUAGUCAAGUACCCGAUAAUCCCAGUUCUUAUAGUAGCCACCAUCUUCUUUCUCGCACUCCAUUCAGAUUCCCCUCCAAACUUGAUCGAGACAUCUCGAACCAAGCGAGACAGAUUAGACGCAGAACAGCAGCAGCAUGUUAUAGAUCUCGAUGUUAGGCCAUUGCAACAGCCUGUUGCGCCUGUAUUCAAGCCCAGUCGAGUCAAGGAACAGGUGGUUGGACAGCCAACAUCAACUCCAUUAUUAUUAAAACGGUUUGAUAAUUUCUUGGGUGGUGAUCGUGGAUAUGAAGAUGUGGAGAUGAUGGAUGGUGUUAGAGAUAUGAUGAAACACGCAUGGAAGGGCUACCUGACAUACGCAAACAACACAGACGAGCUGCGUCCCAUCUCCCGUCGCGGCCACAACUGGUACAAUGACCAGUCCCUCCUCGCAACACCCGUUGACUCGCUUGACACCUUCUGGCUUAUGGGCCUCCAUGACGAGUAUACAACUGCAAAGGCAAUGGUGCUCGACAUGUCAUUCGAUAAACCAAUCACGAUUAAUUUAUUCGAGACUAUUAUUCGCCAAGUCGGUGGACUCCUGUCUGCAUAUGAUCUCGACGGUGACGUCGCUUAUAUCAAGAAGUGUGUCGAGCUCGUUGAUCGCGUGAUGCCGGCUUUUAAUGGCACGCUGGGAAUACCGGGUAAUCAGGUGCAGCUGCAGAAUGCCGUGCCGCAGGAUGGGAGGGGUGGGGUUAUUGCAGAGAUUGGGACGCUGCAGUUGGAGUUUCAGUAUCUUAGCGAUGUUACGGGGGAUGAUAAAUAUGCUAAAGCUGGGUUAAAGAUUUAUGAGACUAUGCAUGCGGCGAUUACGGCUGGGAAAGGGUUGUAUGCGACGCAGUUUGGGAUUUUGGGCGGUGGGUUUGCGUUUGCUGGUGACAAGUAUGGAUUAGGUGCUGGCGCCGACUCGCAUUAUGAGUAUCUGUUGAAACUGUGGAUAUCGACUGGUGAAGAAAAGUAUAGGGCGUGGUAUGAUGAGAGUGCUGAGACCUUCAGCUCCAUGUUUGUAAAAGAAGCAAAUGGCCACACAUGGAUACCGAAUACGUACUAUACUUCCUCUGCCACGGUUCCCGAACCCACCAUGGAACAUUUGGCUUGCUUUAGUGGCGGCAUGUUCUCAUUGGGAGCACUCACAUCACGACGUGGAAACUGGACUCGAGAGCUUUACAUUGGAGAACAAGUAACCAAGACGUGCUACGGAAGCUAUAACACGAGCAAGACUGGAUUGGGUCCAGAGCGCUUUACUGGAGAUAAUUUGCAGGCUGAGACGGCGUAUUAUAUACUUCGGCCAGAAGUGAUUGAGUCCAUCUUUUACAUGUGGAGGUUCACUCAUGAUCCUAUUUACCGAGAAUACGGAAGAAACAUCGUCCAGGCCCUAAUCACCCAUUGCAAGAACGAAGCUGGCUUCUCUGGCCUCACAAACGUCAACAACCCCAGCAGCCAAGACGAUCUCCAACAGUCCUUCUUCCUCGCUGAAACCCUCAAGUACUUGUACCUCCUCUUCACCUCAGACGAUACGCUUCCACUCGAAGACUAUGUCCUGAACACCGAAGCACACCCCAUUUCCAUACGAGGGCGAGGAAGAAGAGCGAAUCCCAAGACAUGGAGUCCAAUUCCAUUCAAGACGAAAGAGUAUGGAGGGUUGGAGCCUCGUGAUUCUGGUGCUGAUGUGGUUGUAAAGACGAAUGUUGGUGUGCCUGAAAACGAGGCUGUGGAAACGAAGAUUGUCGAAAUGUCUGAGAACAAGGAGAAAGUAGGAGUGCCAGAUAAGAGGAAGAAGAAGAAGAAGAAAAAGGUUGGCUUGUCGCAGAAACAAAAGUCUGCGAUUGUUGAAGAUGAUAUACGGAAUAUGAUGAAGCAGGGACAUGGUGACCGUAAAUCGUCAUUGAAAGAGCCAGUGGAGUAG